AAAAGGCUAACCACCGGCCCAAUAUGCCUUCUGUUUGUCUCCCUUAAUUUCUCGUUGGGGUCACCUUUACCAAAUCGGUGUCCUUGCAAACAAAGACGGACAUCCCGUCAUCAUCUUCCAUCUUCCAUCUUUUUCUCUUUUCCCUGAGUCAAAUUCUUCACUCCAUCGAACCCGGCGUCAACAGCUCUUAAUUUUCAUUUCUCUUUCUCUCUCCUCAAGAAGUCUUGACUCUUGUAGAAUGUUUCACAAGUAUGCUUAAUUAAUCUUUGUUAUGUUAUAAUGAUUACGGGUAUUGCCUACUUCUAGAGCUUCUCAGGUAAGAAGGCUAUUCUGUGGGACUGUAUAAAGGAAAUGGCAGCAGAGGAGCAUACUGAUUUAUCAGUUUUGAAGCCUCGGUUAGGUGAAAGGAAUGCAAUUUGGAAGGAGGAGAUGGAAAGAUGUGAAUCUCAAGUUGAUGCAUUGCAACUGAAAUGUAUGGAGGUAAAAGCCUCUAUUGCCGGGUCUGAAGUGGAGGCAGAUAACGAGUUGGAUAUUUUAUUACGGAGAGUGAAAACAGCGGCAACUUUAUUGACCUAUUUGAAGACUAGAGCACGAACAAUGGCGGUUCCGCACUUAGCACAAGCAUCUUGUGGGAUAAAGCAGUUGGAAGGGAUAGGGCUUGUUGACAAGGACGGAAUUCCAUUAUCUAGUUGGUCUAAAUAUACUGAUAUUUUGUCUUUUGAUGGCCUUGGUGAUGUAACAUCUACCGGAACAAGUGAUCAGAGUGGUCUUGUUUGUGAUAAAGAUGGAGCCUAUGUGUGUGAUCUAUUAAAAUCUGUGCAUAUGGUCACAAAUGUGAUGGAAACUCUGGUUAAAAGGGUCCUAAUUGCAGAGUCUGAAACUGCUAUUGAGAAGGAGAAAGUAAACUUCAGUCAAGAAGAAAUUAAGAAGAAGGAAACUCAACUUGAAAGCAUGUCUUUGAAGUUGGAGGAGAUGGAAAGAUUUGCUUUUGGAACAAACUGUAUAUUGAAUGAGAUGAGGCAGAGAGUUGAAGAUUUGGUUGAAGAGACAUCUAGGCAAAGACAAAGAGCUGCAGAAAAUGAGCAGGAACUUUCUCGCGUAAAGCGUGAUUUUGAGUCUCUGAAAUCAUAUGUCAGUAGUCUCAUCAGUGUUAGAGAAACACUCAUUUCGUCUGAGAAACAAUUCCAAACUAUUGAAAAGCUCUUUGAACGGUUGGCUGCUAAAACAACCCAAUUGGAGGGGGAGAAAAUGCAAAAAGAAGCUGAAGUACAGAAACUGAUGGAUGAAAAUGUGAGGUUGCAUGCUUUAUUAGACAAGAAAGAAGCCCAGCUAUUGGCCAUGAAUGAGCAAUGCAAGAUGAUGGCCCUGAAUGCUUCUAAUAUCUAGACUUAGGGCAAUCACAGGUCUCCAAAUUGCGUGGUUUGCUUUCUUUAUUCCGUACCAUUGUACAGCUGCUUAGCUCCAUUGUUGUAGCAGAGCUGAAUUGCUAUGGCAUUUUAUGUAGCAUGGUGGAGGAGCUGCCAUAAUUGUACUAUAGUGAAUCGACUGUUGUAACCAAUGAAGUGGAUUUUUCAUUCAAUCAAUGCUGCCAGAAGGCUUUUAUCCUGC